AAUGUUGGGAAAACGCUCGUUAACUUAUUGUUUCGCAUUUGCCGUUUUAUUCAAGUUCACGUGUUGUUAUGAUAUCAAGAAAUACCCGCUGCUUAUGCCAAACGUGAGACCCAAUACGCCUGAGCUAUAUCUGUGUACUCCAGUUCGGAUAGAUUAUACAAAAAAUUAUUAUAUCACUGGUUUCGAGCCAAAUGCAACAAUGGAAACAGCUCAUCAUAUACUACUUUAUGGCUGCUCCAAGCCAGGUAGUGCAAAGCCAGUUUGGAAUUGCGGAGAAAUGAUGAUUAGUACAAAUAAUCGAGAUACAGCAUCUCCUUGUAGCGAAGGGACUCAGAUUAUCUAUGCAUGGGGAAGGGAUGCUCCCGAAUUAGAUUUACCAGAUGGAGUGGGCUUUAAAGUAGGCGGUGAAUCUUCUAUACAGUAUAUUGUCCUGCAAGUGCAUUACGCACAUAUUGAUCAUUUCAAGGAUGGCAGAACAGAUAACUCAGGUGUAAUUUUACAUUAUACGACACACCCAUUGAACAAAUUGGCUGGUGUUAUCCUAUUAGGAACAGGUGGCAUCAUACCACCUAGGGAAGUGGUACACAUGGAAACUUCUUGUUUUAUAACAGAGAAUAAGACUAUUUAUCCGUUCGUGUAUAGAACGCAUACUCAUUCACUUGGAAAGGUAGUGUCCGGCUAUGUAGUGAAACCGAAUAACACGUGGAUCGAACUCGGUAAGAGAGAUCCAUUGAGUCCUCAAAUGUUUUAUCCUGUUACUCACAAGGUUCCAAUUACGUACGGUGAUAGACUGACGGCUCGUUGUACAAUGGAAAAUAUACGCGAUAGACCAACUUAUAUAGGUUUAACAAAUGAAGACGAAAUGUGUAAUAUGUACAUUAUGUAUUACGUUGAGAAUGAUAGCCCGCUAAAGCGGAAAUAUUGCUUUUCUCAAGGACCACCUUUGUAUUAUUGGAAUCAAGAGUUCAGGAACAUUCCUGACGAAGAGGCAUCAACAUUGUAAUAUUCCAACCAAUAGAUCAAUAAUAGAUCAAUUUUAUUUUAUCAUGCAGAAUUAGGAAAAAUCCUAAUGUUUCCACAGACUGUAUAUUUAAAUGCAUUUAAAUUCAGUGGGAUAAAAUUUAUAUUUGGAGAUCAAGUCGUCCUAAUAUAAUUUACGACUGAUUUUUUGUUAUAUAUAUAAUCACAUUUAUAUUGCUACACUCUUGUUAUGAAACUUAUAUGAAUUGAAUUUAGCAACGUUUUUUUAAGUUUAAAAUUAUAUAUAAUUUUUGAAGUUUUUAACAGGAUAUGAAAUUUCAGUAAGGUGUGAUUAUUGUUUUUUAAGAUAAAAUAAAAGCAAUACUCACUCUUUUUAAUCUGGAAGUAAGAAUAUGGUGCGAAAUAUUUUUGCAAAAUAAUUUAUUAAUAAUUUUUUUUAAAUUAAAAUAAAAUAUAAUAAUUACACGCAUAAAUUAUUUAGAAAUAAUUUUUAAUUUUCUUACUUUUCAAUUAUAAUUGAGAAUACUAUGACCAGGGUACAUUGUACUUAUUUUACAUCUGUGAGUAAUAACUCUUGAAAGAUUUGAUAUUAAUUUAUAAUAGUGGAAUACCUCUUAUUGUCAAUUGUUAUAAAUGUGACAUAUGACCAUCUGUUUGAAUUGCUAUUGCAAUUUAUGCUGCUAGUUGCUGAUCGGUUGUUUGUACACAAUAUGUAUAAUUUUUGUGACACAAACUAGUCUAUGUUGAUCAGUAGUCUAAAUUGGCUUAUUAUUUAAUCAAUAAUUGUACUUUACAAUGUACUGUUUUGAAGGUAGUUACAAAAUUGAUCUUAAGUAUUAUUGGAAUUAUCAUAUAUGUGUAUAUGUACCGAAGCACUAUGCAGAUGUGAUAUAAAGAAGAAGCAUAAAGAGAUAACAUUAAAUUUAGGCCUAGUAUUUCAGUUAAUAUUUAUAAUUAUGUAAUUUACGAUUAUAUGUAUUUACGAUUAUUUAAAUACGUAAUUUGAAAAGAGUCUCAGAGAAAUUUAUUGAUUAUAGCGGUAUCAGAAUUUGAAAUACUUAACACAAUUAUACGUAAUAUAAUAAUCCCGAGAUAUAUAUCAUUAGCAGAAAGAUAUGGCAUUUUAUAAUUUAUUUCUUGUAAGAUAUACAUUCCAAACAGAUUUUCGGAAUGAUUAUAAACAAGUGCAAUUGUUCACUAAUUAAUAAUAAUUAAAUAUAUUUAUUAUUAAUUAACGAAUUAGUUUUUUUAGCAAAAGAAUGUGCUAAAGUAUAUGGAUACAUUUAUUGUUAAUUUUAUUUUAUACACGGAAAGUUUUAUUCGAAACUAAGAUCAAAAUGGUGCUUUUGUAUAAAUCGUAUUGUACCACGAAAUUUCAAUUAAUUUCAAGCAGCUUAUUGAGAAUUAUCAGUAUGAUAAUUUGAUUAAUGAUUUGAAGAGAAUUAUUUUAGAUGGAACGUUUCUCCCGAAGCGAGAUGUCAAUAUAUGUGAAAUCGGUGAGAAUACUGUUUUCAAAAAUAUAACGAAGUCUUUCUUUUAAUAUCUUCUCCAAAUACUGUAUAUAUAUAUAUAUAUA